UGUUACUGUGCAGUCAGCUUUGCAGUGAGUCUAUGGCAGUGUAGAGAGGAGGCGGGGCUUUGGGCAGGGGAGGGCGUUCCCAAGCAGCCGGGCCCGGGCUUGCAAGCAGCUCCCCCCCAUGCAGCGCUGCCUGUGAGGACGUCAGCCAGUGUACUGUAACAGCACAAGCAAGAGUAAGGCAAACAAGCAGAGCCCAACUUGGAACCCCCAACAAAGCCGAAUCCACUCAGGAAUUCAUACGCCAGGGCGUGGGUAUUGCCCAUUACUUCACCGGGACUGUCUCACUGCAGGGAAACAAAACCCAAUUCCUAUUUUGCCAUAUAUAUUUAUAUAUUGUAUCCAAUAUCGAAGGAUCUUUGGGCAGUCGAGAGAUUAAAGCCGCGGGUGUUGCUGGAGCUGAAAGUCGUGGCAUUGGAAUGGUGUUUACCGAAGCGCAGUGAUUUGGGAAAAUAAGCAAUCUAGCGUUGCUAAUCCAUGCUUUGGAUCAGCUGAAGCUUCCGAGGAGUGUUCAUGAAAUGGAGAAAGAAAUCAUCAUGACGUCUGCUCAGACCUAAGACACAUGGGCACUGAUACUGAAGGACCAGACCUGAUUUACUGUAGGAGUUCCACCUCAUCCCACCAGUGUUCAGUUGAGUUGAGGUAUCCAUCUUCAGCUUGUUGGCAUAGAUCUGUGAAGGUCAUCACUUCUGGAGUUAUGCUGGAUAAUAGAUUGUCACUGAAAACACAACUGUCCUACCAACUCCUACUGGAUUGAGUUUAGUCAUUUUCCCUCUGACCUGACUAAUGUUUUGCUGAUUAUGGAACGUAGGAAACAAUUUGACAUGUCACUACGUGAGUCCUCUGCAAAGUCAGGCAAAAAUGAUACAGAAGAAGACAAAGGAUCAGGCUUCAGCUGUGUCAUCUGUGGUAAAAGCUUUCCUUUCCAGAGCUCCCUUUCACAACACAUGCGAAAGCACACUGGUGAAAAGCCAUACAAAUGUCCUUACUGCGAUCAUCGGGCUGCCCAGAAAGGAAACUUGAAAAUACAUCUAAGAACCCAUAGAAGUGGCACAAUUAACCAGGUAACUGAUAUGGAAAUGGGAGAUUUACACGUUGGAGAAUUUGGUGCUUCUGAGGGCAUGGGAGGUUGUGCAAGCCCUACUAAAAGCACAUCAGCUUGCAACAAAAUACUUAAUGGCACCUUACAAACAGAAGAGGCUGAAGAAGUGGAUGAUGACCAACUCGGCAACUUCCAGUGCCCAUUUUGCAAAAACAAAUAUGACCGAAAGAAAGAACUUGAUCAACAUCUUUUACAAGUGCACAAACCCUAUAAAUGUAGAUUUUGUAGCUACAUGACUUUAAGAGAGGAGACUCUGUUAAAUCAUAUAGAAAAAGACCAUAUCACUACAGCUGUACCAUUGAACAGAGAUGGUCUGGCAGAGAAUGGCAAGACUGAAAUCAAUUCAGGGGAGUUCCCUUGUGAAGUUUGUGGUCAAGCUUUUGGCCAAGCAUGGUUCCUUAAAGCUCAUAUGAAAAAGCACCGAGGAUCAUUUGAUCAUGGCUGCCAUAUAUGUGGUAGAAGAUUUAAAGAGCCAUGGUUUCUCAAGAACCACAUGAAGUCUCAUGGUCCAAAAACUGGGAACAAAAACAAACCUAAGUCUGACUCUGAGCCAGUAGCUACUAUUAAUGAUGUUGUUCAAGAAGAGACCAUUAUGACUGGCUUAAGCCUUUAUGAAGUUUGCAUGAAAUGUGGGAAUUUGUUUACAAAUUUAGAAAGCCUAAAUGCACACAACUUAGUGCACUGUAAAACUGAAGAAAUCUCUCUUGAAGACCCAAUAGAGCAAAAUAGAGAAAAUGACACCCCAAAUUCAAUGGGGGCUAAGCAGUUUUUACUUGACUAUCUUCAUUUAAGACCUUUAAAAGAUGCUAAUAAGCCUUCCGAUAUACAACAAGGUAAAAGAGUUCCAGAACUUGACCCAAUCAACAGCUACCAAGCAUGGCAAUUGGCUACAAAAGGAAAAGUUGCAGAGCCCUCAGAAUAUGUUAAAUAUCUGGGAUGGGAUGAAACCAUGGCAGAUGCUGAUGUAACUUAUGAUAAAGACAAAGGAGAAUACAUCCUUGUUAAUCAGGAGAAGCGAAAACGAGAGCCAGACAGUCAAAGUACCAGCAACCCAAAGAAACGCAACUCCUCAAGUGUUAGCCGAUCGGAAAAGAGUAGCAAUACACAAUCGGGAGAAAAUGUAGAUGGUUCCAAUGAAUUGGAGUUUAGGCCUCCUUCUCGUCAGAGCAGGCGUUCCUCUCAAAAUAAAUCCACUGAAUGCUUUGAAUGUGGAAAAGUGUUCCGCACUUACCAUCAAAUGGUGCUUCAUUCCAGGGUGCAUAGAAAAGACCGCAGGAGCCUCAGUGAAAGUGGGUCGGUUUCUCACAAUGAUCGAUAUGGGUCAAACAGUGACAUUGACUCUGCCAGCCGGCCCAGUAGUCCAGACUCUGCCUCUGCCCCAGAAGAUUCUCUUGCCUCUGGUAUGGGAGAAGAUGCUGCUGAUGACGACAGUUUUGAAGAAGGUCCGACUCCUUCACCAGGCAUUAAACCAUACCAUCUUACAUUUUCUGAGGGUGUACCCAUGGAAAUGUCAGUAAAUCAUCAACAGAACUUCACUUCUGAUGAUACCAGCAAAUGUGAAGGAAGUAAAUGUAUUCCAGAGGUGCAGACUCCUCCAGCCUUCAUAUCUAAUAAGCAUGCUGAUUUUCCUUUUAUCCCUGAUUUGAAAAUACCAGCAUUCAAGUACAAUCAAGAUCCCAGUGCUUCUGGAAAGCAUACCCCGAACAGUAGUUCAUCUUUUUCUGUGGGACAUAGUUCAGAAGUAAUUGUGGAUGCAAAAAAAGUUUUUUCAGCAGAAAAGGGUCACCCAAAUGGAAUGGCACUUGAUAUGCUGAAGGAACACAGUGGGUCAGAUAAAAGCAGUGGUGGAAAACACGACCUUCCUUUGGAUCUUAGUGAAAAAUCUACUAGGCAUGAACUUUGUAGUAAAAGUGCUAUUUCUGCAUUGCAGGCAGCGUUGGUGGUUCACCAGUGUCCAUAUUGCAGCCACAAUACUUAUUAUCCUGAGGUGCUGUGGAUGCACAAAAGAAUUUGGCAUAAAGUUAGUUGUAAUUCAAUGGCUCCUCAAUGGAUUCAGCAAAAUGGUUUCAAAAAUUUGAAAAAUAAUUUGCUUUUCCUAACUAGGAGUGGGCGUACAGGUCCGCCUCCAGCACUUGGUGGUAAAGAAUGUCAGCCUUUACCCAUAGCUAGGUUCUCACGCACUCAAAUGCCAAUUCGGCCUCCAACAUCCAAAGGAAAUACUGCAAAUCUAAGCAGUGUUUCCAAGGCAGCAUGUGGAUCUCAGGUUCGUGACAGCCCUCAUGGAUUCAGUGGGGCGAAAACCGCAAACUUUGAAGUCCAGAGGCACCAAAAGGUAGGGGACCAAUAUAGUGCUGCUGUACAGCAACCAUUGUUAAAAUCUAAAUAUGAAACUAGUCCAAAAUUGAUGCAAGCUGCAAGUUUCAGUAGAAACCUUUCACCUGCUCAAGCAUCAGUAUCAAGACAAAUACUUCAGCCCUCUAGUAGCAAACAAGUGGAGAAAUACGGGAUGCCUCAAGGUGGACCUAGUACAUUUGCAUCUCCGAGUAAACUAUCUGUAUCUGACACAAUUAAAACCAAAUUUCCUCUUCAGCAGCCACAGUACCCAUUUCACAAAGUGGAGCCACAAGUUAAACAGGAGAGUCCUCCAGUGCCUCACCGGGAAUCUCAGGGCAAGAUUGUCAAUGAACUAGGGACAGUGUCCAACUGUAGCACAGGCAUGAAGACAAGCCCUUUGUUUCAUUCUCAACCAAGUACAGCAGGUGACCCCCAAUCUUUUCAACCGGUCAAGCAAGAACCAGUAUCUGAAGGCCAUGAAAAACGACUGGACAUUUUAAAUAUCUUUAAGACCUACAUUCCAAAGGAUCUUGCUACUCUCUACCAAAGCUGGGGUGCCAACGCUAAUAAUUUGGAUAAUGCAGGAAUGCUUAGGACACAAGCACGGCAAGGAGACUAUGUUUGCAAUGAGUGCGGAAAAUGUUUCAGCCAACCAAGCCACUUAAGAACCCAUAUGAGGUCCCAUACAGGGGAGAGACCAUUCCAGUGCAGAUAUUGUCCAUACAGUGCCUCUCAAAAAGGGAACCUAAAAACACACGUACAGUGUGUACAUCGGGUACCAUUUGACAAUAGUGAGUACCCUGACAAACAGCUCCUUCAACCUCAAAGCGAUGAUAACAGUUACAUGGACGAUCAGCUGGAAAAUUUGCCUUCAAAUCACCAAGUCCCUGGAGCUGUGGCGUUAAAGUAAAGAAGGAGAAAUAACAAUCCACAAUCAAAUUCCCCCUCAGCAGGGGUCGAUCUUAACUUCUUAGCAUUUUCUUAUUAGACAAGAUGUGAGUGAAAAUGCAUCUGGUCUUCCCCCAUGGUUCAGUGUUUGCCGGAUAAUGAACUAUGGCAAAGUUUGAGAUGGCAAAAGACAGUCAAUAGUGAAGCAGAUACUUGUCUCACACACGCAACACCACAUACAAACACACACACUGGAAGCAUAACAAAAUGUUAAAAGCUUACAAGUGCAAGCACUGAUAUUAUAUCUACGCUAUGAACUGCAGCAGUAGAAAAAAGGACUAAGAAAAAACAACACAACUCUGCCACUGAUUGCCUAAUGUCAGACUGCUCAGUGACGUUACUCAGUAAUAGGCAUCGGUCAGCUCUUGGGACCGCUCCGUGUUUUAAAUGGUCUUCUGUUUUUUUAAUGAUCAAACGAUGCUUCACACCUUGCUGCGCUGUUUUUGGGGACACAGAUAAGAUCAAUGAAACCGCUUACAUUAUGCUACAGGAACACUAAAAAGAAAAACAAAAAAAAAAAUCUAAAAAUGCUUCUCCUUUUUACUCUCAGGACCUUUUUGUAAUAGGGCUACUUUCUUAAACCUGCUUACAGAAAUUAUGCAAUUUUGUUUUCCUUUGUAAUAACCUAAACACACAUCAGCUGCCGAUUGACGUACUGUACUAGACACAACAUAGUUGCUGUGCAUGAUGUAGCAGGGACACCCGAUCUUCUUUCCCUGUUGCACAACCACCCUUCUCAAUGCCGGUACCUUGAGAGAGGUCUUAAUAUUUUUUUAAUUUUCCAGGUUAUGGCAUGGUAAUAGAAUUUCUUACUACUUCAUCUCUUAUAUUUUGGUGGCAUUCAGGUUGUGGGAGAGAGGGGGAAAAAGAUUUAAAAAAAAUCUAUAUAUAAAUAUAUAUAUAUAUAUAUAUAAAAUUAAAUAUAUACCUCUUCUGCAGGAUAUUUUUAUGGUGAGGUGGUGGUGAGUAAAAUAAAUGAGAAAUCAAGCAGUGUACUUAAUUCUAACCCCAUACACUGUAGCAGGGCGGGCUUGAACUGCACUGUACAGGCAGGGGGGAUACAUAUGUAUUCCAUAGAUAUAAAUAUUUCUUUCCUUUAUUGCGGUGACACUGUGUGGAACAGCAAUGCCUCUGAGAGUCUCAAAUUUUGCACAUAUGAUUUUAUGCAUUAUCAACCAAGUUACUGCUGCCUUGAAAGAAAAUGUUCUGUGAAAAAAAAAUUGCAAAAAGCUUUACUAGUGUUUUUUUUAAUUGUAACCUUUUGUAAAGGCAGGAAAUGGGUAUAUAAAUCCUAGCAUGCUAAAUAUAUUUUUCAAAAAAAAAAAAAAGCAAUAAUUUUACAUGUACAGAUAUGAAUCUAACCUUUAAUACUGGUGAGAGCAACAGUUUACUUUGUAUUAUAAAAAAAAGUGCUUGGUUUUUGUAGUAUCUGGGCUUAUGAUACAGACUUGUUUAAAAGAAGAUGGGGGGGGGGGAUUUUGUUUUUAACAUUUUUAUUUUUAACUUAGUUAUUGAUUUUUUUUUUUGGAUCCUUCUAUUAAAUUUAGAUUUUAUUCACUUGUACCAGAGACUAAGUUUAGUUCUUCUAUAUAAAGCAUUUUACGUUAGGCAUUAAGAUUCAUGGUGCUGGCCUGGAAACUAGAAUGCUUGACAGGGAUAUUGGAACAGCUUAUUAAAGUCCUUUCUGGGGGGGUAUUCUAUAUAAGAAAAAGAAUAUCUCGUCUUCACGUUAUACCCAAAAAUGAAUUAGACUUAAUUAGCUGUUAAAAAUAAGUUCUGUGGCCUACCAUUAUUUUUAAAAGGCUUAAAUUAACUAUGGAAAGAAAACAAAAUAAACCAAAUUCUAGUUAAAGCACUGCAGCCAUAAUGACUUUUUAGGAGAAACCUCUAGAGGAGCACAAUCUGGACAAGCCACAUAUAAGCACGCUCUCUGCAGCAUAGAGAUUAGAUUUUUCAUUUUAUUUGCAUUUUUCAUUGCCAUUCUACAAAUUUAAGUAUUAGGAACAAGAUAAAAGACUUUUCCUUUUCCAUAAUAAGGCAGUCGUACCUGCAAUGCUUUAGUAUCCUGAAUGACAAUGAUCUAUCAGGCACUUGAGAAUAAGCUCCAACAAUCCAAAUGGCCGCCCAGAUGAUUUCUGCAUUUUUAAAGUUUUACAUAAAAAUCAUCUGCAGCACUGGAUGGAGAACUCCGAAAAGGAAUGAUAAAUAACCAAUAACUUUGAACUAUAUAGACUAUCUCUAUAUUGGGUAGAAUUUUACUCUUAAUUUUUUUGUAUUAACAUUAAAGGCGUACAACCUACUGUUUUCCGCUGAUCAUGAGCAAAUCCCAGGCCUGCCCCAAGGAGAUGCUGUACAGCAAGAGGCUGGACGCCCUCUGAUAUAUUUAUAAAUUCCAAGUAUUUUGAGAUGAAGAAUAUUUUGUAAUAGCCACCGUUGUCCUUUGUUCUAAAAAAGAAAAAAAAAAAAAAAAAUUGCAGUGAAAAACAGGCACAGCAGCUCAGUGCUAUGGUCUACUGAAACCUGCAUCAGACCCUUCCGGACAUCGCUUCUACACCACAUUGUUAAUAAAGCAGAGUAUGCCACCAUGCUGAAUGCCUUGUAUUGGCCUCCUAAUUUCACUUGCCGUAGUCUUAGAAAACAUCUGACAAACGACAGGAAGCAAGACUGUCAGUGAGGUUACGUAGGUAUUAAUCACAGAAGUUUACAAUGCGGAUGUUUCUUUAUAGAGAACAACAGUAGGGGAAAAUUAUUGCAGAUAAUUAUAUGCUGUGUACAGUGCAGAAAUAAGAUAUUCACUUAAUUGAACAAGCAUGAAAAGUCAAUCUCCACGGAUCCUAACAAAAAAAUUUAUAUCACCCCCUUUUUUUUUUUUUUUUUUCUUUAGUGUGUAGCUUUGUGUUCUUUCUAUUUUUUUAUCAUCAGUAUUGUGUUGAUUUGUUAAUGUAGAAAUCAGCUAGGCUAUAGUAUUUAAAAUGAUUUUUUUUGUUUGUUAUUUAUUUAGUCGACCUGUUUUGAUCAGCUUUUAAAUAAAUGACUUUUAGCCUGACACACUCCUGUUAACCAUCUGUGGACUGUUACAUCAUUUUUUCCUACUACCUCUACCAACCUACUGUUUCUCACUCUUUAACAGGUUAUUUUUUACAGCGCUCUAAUGUAAUUUACACAAUAAAGGGUUUGAUUGUUUACACUG